UGCAUACACUCAAAAAUGAUGCUGCAUUUACUCUUAUUGAUUGGACUCCUCGGAUCGAUCCAAUCCCAAGUACUUCUUCCAGGACUUCGAGUUCUUCGGGUUCCUGUGCUUGACAAAGGCCAAAUUCAAGUGGUGGAGUUUCUGGACGCCGCCUCCACAGUUACCCCUGAAACAGUGAGGGAUCAAUUCAGUAGGCGAUUUAUGACGCUGGCUAAACCUUUAAUUGCUGGAGCUGCUCCUCAAACAAGUCUUCCAAACAUCAAGCCUACAUUAAACUCUUAAAAAUGUUCAGCUGAAGACUUUUAUAACACUAAUUAAGCUGCUUAACUACAUUAAUAAAUAGCAUAUGUCAUUGAUUACAUUA